UCCCGUCCUGGUUUGCAGGCAGAGACAGGACAGAUUGAAACCCAGCUGUGUGCGUCGCUUUUGGUUGUUGCCAUUUUCCCCCCUCAUUGCCCGGUGAUGUUGGAUAUGGGAGAGCGCAAAGAGGUGAAAAUGAUUCCCAAAUCGUCGUUCAGUAUAAACAGUUUGGUGCCCGAGGCCGUCCAAAACGACAACAACCACCAGAACCAGCAUCACCAAAACCACCACCAGAACCACCGGGCCGGCGGCACCGACGACGCCGAGCAGAAAGCGCCUCUCCCCGCCGUGCAGCACGACAGCAAACCGGACCCUAAAAGUGACUCUUCGACCCACGAGACCUGCCCGGAGGAGAAGGAGAAAGCGGAGGACAAAAAGGACGGGAAAGACGGGGACGGCACCACCGGAGGAAAAGACGGGGAAAAGAAAAGCGGCAAGUACGAAAAACCUCCUUUUAGCUAUAACGCCUUGAUCAUGAUGGCCAUCAGGCAGAGCCCGGAGAAGCGGCUCACCCUGAACGGUAUUUAUGAAUUCAUCAUGAAAAACUUCCCUUAUUAUCGGGAAAACAAGCAGGGCUGGCAGAACUCCAUCAGACACAACCUCAGUUUGAACAAAUGCUUCGUCAAGGUGCCGCGGCACUACGACGACCCGGGCAAGGGGAACUACUGGAUGCUGGACCCCAGCAGUGACGACGUCUUCAUCGGCGGUACCACCGGGAAGCUCCGGCGGAGAUCCACCACGUCCCGGGCCAAGCUGGCCUUCAAGCGGGGCGCCCGGCUGACCUCGGGGCUGACCUUCAUGGACCGAGCAGGCUCCCUGUACUGGCCCAUGUCCCCUUUCCUUUCCCUGCACCACCCGAGGGCCAGCGGCGCCCUGAGCUACAACGGAACCUCCUCCGGCUACCCGGGCCACCCCAUGUCCUACAGCACCAUGUUGACCCAGAACAUGGGGAACAACCACUCGUCCUUCCCGACCUCCAACGGGCUCAGCGUGGACCGGCUGGUCGGCGGAGAUCUGCCCUACGCCACGCACCACCUGACGGCGGCGGCCCUGGCGGCCUCGGCGGUGCCCUGCGGCCUCUCCGUGCCUUGCUCCGGGGCAACGUACUCCUUAAACCCGUGUUCAGUCAACCUGCUGGCCGGACAGACGAGUUACUUUUUCCCCCAUGUCCCGCACCCGACCAUGAGCACGCAGAGCGGCGGCGGCUCCAUGCAGGCCGCCCGGGCUUCGGCCUCCAAUUCCCCGCAGGCUCCGUCGUCCUCCUCCCUGCCCUGUGACUCUCUGAGGCCGUCACUCGCCGGCUCUCUGCCCGCCUUCUCCUCGGGACUUUCCGGGGGUUUGUCUGACUAUUUUACGCAUCAAAACCAGGGGUCAACCUCCAACCCGCUUAUACACUAACACCACCAUGCCCCCCCAAAAAACUCCACCUUUACCCCCAUCCAUCUCUUCAUCCACCCUCCAUCCACCCAACCUCUUCAUUCCAUGCUAAAGGAGUGAAACUCUAAAUGACUGGAACUGUAAGUUGAACAUUUUACACUGAACAUUUACAUUGUAAAAACAAAAACCAACAAAAAAAAUCAAAAUUAUUAUAACUACCUGCUAUAAAAAAGAGG